AGCCAUUCAUCUUCUUCUCUCGCCGUGGAGAAUAUUUGGAUCCUUUGUAGUCUCAGAUAAGAGAGAGGAGGUUUUUCAAAUAGGUAGCGUUAACAGAUUGAAUCUGUGUUCAUUCAAUAUGAAGAACCAAUUUCCAGAUCAUGUCAUAGGAAUUCCGGUGAACUCAGUAUCCUAUUCAGUUGAAAAAUCAGGAGAGAAACAUACUACUGUUUCAGAAACUGCUAGCCCAUAUUUUAUUUCCACUCCUUCAAAGGAGUCUCCCAGAUCCAAACAAUAUAGAGUUGACACACUGAUAGAAUGGAUCAACAAACUGGGAAAAAAGGCUGACAGUUUCACACAUGGAGUUCGUGAGCACGUUAGAUUGGGGACCAAGGUAUCUACAACUGUGAAGGGAAAAUUGAGGCUGGGAACCAAAAUUCUUCAAGAAGGUGGUGUUGAGAAGUUAUUCAAACAGAUCUUCAAUGUUAGAGAAGGAGAGAAGCUUUUGAAUGCUUUCCAAUGUUAUUUGUCAACAACAGCUGGUCCUAUUGCAGGGAUACUCUUUAUCUCCACUGAAAAUGUUGCCUUCUGCAGUGAGAGAUCUCUUUCAUUCACUCUGUCAACACAAGAGUUGAUUAAAACACCUUACAAGGUCAUGAUUCCAUUAAUGAAGAUAAAGGGAGCCAACCAAAGUGAAAAUGUGAAAAAUCCAAACCAGAAGUACAUACAAGUAGUUACUGUGGAUAAAUUUGAGUUCUGGUUUAUGGGUUUUCUAAAUUAUCAGAAAGCUUUCAAGUAUAUUCAACAGGCCAUCUCUCAAUCAUAAGUGAGUCAGUUCUCUGUCACUAUAACAAGAGAAAUUGACUUUUCCUCCCAGGAAUCCAGCCAAGGUUAAAGUAUCAUGUACAUAUUUCUUGAAUCUGGUAAAGCGUGACAUCCUUCAUGGGUGUUGAGAAGUUAUCUUAAAGGGUCUCCCAAGAGAUAGUGAAUCUCUGUGCAAGUCUGGACUGAUCUCUCAGUACCACAUCACGAAAGUUUCUGUCGAGAAUUUGACGAGACCUCCUGAAACUCAAGUGCCCUGAGUAUAAGAUUUCAGAGGGUAAAGAAAGAAGAAGGAAUUGAUCAGCUCUCUAUCCUCAAGAACAGAAGUCAAGCUAUAUAAAGCAAGCCCAUGAGAGAUUGAAGAACAGAAGAUAAACUUUAAGAUCUUAUGAUCCUGUCUUUUGGAGGAGAAAGCCAUCUGAAAGCUUUUCCUAAUCCAUGGUGCAAUUGCUUCCUCUGGCUCUGGCAUAUCUUGAAGGUUCACAAUGAAGCUAGUCCCAAGAGUCCAGAAUCCAAACCCACAUCAUAGCAUCUGUGUGGCAUGAAGAUUUCAGAGAGUUCUCAAUUCCCAACCAGAGAAAUUUAAAUAGUAAAGAAGGCCUAGUUGAGUUUGGUGAUUUAGUCCAGAUCAAAUUCUUGAAUGAAGAAACAUCAAGAUUCCAUUUUACUGAAGUUGCCAAGUCCCUGUAAAAUGGUGCUUCGUACCACCUCUCAAUUUCGUUUCUCUUGUUGUAAAUGCUAAUUUUACUCGCAUGAAUUCAUUUACAGGCUUCAUGUUUUUGUUGAUGAAACUUAUGUCAAUACAAAGCAUAAAAAAGGGUUUUGGAUCUUUGGAUGUAAGAAAA